ACGUGUCUCGACUCGACUUCUUCAACCGAAGUCAAACUCCAAGCAACUAGGUUAUGUUUAUGUUCUGAAAAGAAUGUUAAUGUAAUUCUUUCUGUUCUGUCGUGUAGAAUGUACAAUCUAAGCCCAGAAAUUUAAACUUAAGGUAGGACUAUACAUAUUUAAAUUAGUCUAGGACUGAAGACAAACCAAACUCCGUGGAAAUGGGGAAAAAGUCGAAAGUUGGAAAACAACGUAAAGACAAGUUCUACCACCUUGCCAAAGAAACAGGCUACCGUUCUCGUGCUGCAUUCAAGUUGAUCCAGCUGAAUCGUAAGUUCAACUUCUUGCAGCGUUCCCGUGUUCUGGUAGAUCUAUGUGCUGCCCCUGGAGGAUGGAUGCAAGUUGCCAAGCAGAACAUGCCAGUAUCCAGCAUUGUUGUUGGUGUGGAUCUCUACACGAUACCGACCAUCCCUGGCUGCAUUUGUCUCCAAGAAGACAUCACCACAGACAAGUGUCGGAAGGCUCUAGGCAAAGAGCUGCAGACCUGGAAGGCGGACUGUUUCCUACAUGACGGAGCCCCCAAUGUUGGUCUAAACUGGCUGCAUGAUGCAUAUCAGCAGAUAUGUCUCACACUCAGUGCCCUCAAGUUAGCAACACAGUUUCUUAAGAAAGGUGGUUGGUUUGUUACCAAGGUGUUCCGCUCCAAAGACUAUCAUGCUCUGCUUUGGGUCUUUAAACAGCUCUUCAAGAAGGUCCAUGCCACUAAACCCCAAGCUUCUCGUUUAGAGUCAGCUGAGAUCUUUGUUGUUUGCCAAUAUUAUUUAGCCCCCGACAAGUUGGAUCAACGGUUUCUUGAUGCAAAAUAUGUUUUCAAAGAAUUGGAAACUGAAACAGGAAAUAAGGCAUCAGUUUUUCACCCAGAAAAAGGAAAGAAAGCAAAGGCCGAGGGAUAUGAAGAUGAUCGUGCAGGAUAUACCAUCUUGCCUGUAUCUCAGUUCUUGGAGAGUAGUAAUGUCAUCUAUACUCUUCAAACUACUGCUGUCAUUGAGUUUGAUGAUGAGGAUGUUGCCAAUGACCCUCGCACAACUCCUGAAAUCAAAGAAUGCUGCAAGGAUAUCAAAGUCCUCGGAAGAAAAGAUCUCAGGAUGCUAAUGGCAUGGUGGAAAGCAAUGAGAGGAGGUGAAGAUGAAAAGAAGGAGGGGGGAAAUAAGGAGAAGAUGAAUACUGAGAAAGAAGAAGAAGGGGAAGAAUUAUCAGAAGAUGAAAAGGAACUGGUAGAUGUAGAACAACAAAUUGCAUCUUUGCAGGAAGAAGAAGCCAGAGAGUUGAAGAGAAAAAGGAAAAGAGCCAGUAAAGAACGAGCAAAAUUGAAUGAAAAACUCAAUUUAAAAAUGGUUGUAAAAGGAGAUCUUGGUCCUAAAGAUGAAGAUAUUGAAGUUUUCAGUUUAAAACAGAUUCAAGACUCUAAAGAUUUACAAAGAGUGACUGAUCAAGAGCCUGAACUUCUUGCUGAAUCUGAGCCUGAAUCUGAUUCUGAACCUCGCAAGAAGAAACAGCUUUAUGACAAGGAGGCAACACACCUUGACAGUUCUGGAAAGUUUUACAAGUCAACAGACAGUGAUCCUGAAAUGUCGUCUGAUGAGAGCGGUUUUGACAGUGAUGCUGAGAGUUUAGGUUUUGAAACUGACAGUGAUGAUGACAGCAAAAUAAAAAAAAGGAAAAUUGAUGUGAAAAAUGAUAAGAAAAAUGUUAAGAGAGUAAAAUUUGCUGAAAAUGUUGAAACAACUAAUAAAAAAUGUGGUAAAACUAUAAAUGGUGUUGAAAAGGAUGAUGAGGUGGAGUAUCCCCUUAUAACAGACCUGGACCACAGAGACAAGGUGCAGAAGAAAAUAUCCAAGGCAGAAAUGUGGUUUGAAAAGGAUGUAUUUAAGAACUUGGAUACAGAAGCUGAUGAGGAUUAUGAAUUGGAUCUGAUGGUAGACAGUGUAAAAAAGAAAGGGGGUGUGAUUUUAGGAGAAAAUGAAGGAGAAAAGCCAAUUGAAAUCCGCAAUAGCCGGUUAAAAAAUGGGAAACUACAGGAAGAUGAACAAGAUAGCACUACUGACAGCGAUAGUGAUUCCGAUUAUGACGUUGUUAAAGAAUCUGUCAAAAAUAGGAAAAAGAAAAAGUCUGAAGACAACAAAGCUGGUUUUGAAACAGUUCCAGCUCCUAAAUUGAGCAAGAAACACAAAUUAACAGAAGAAGGCUUGGCUCUGGGGGCAAUGUUGGUUUCUUCCAAAAGAACACGUAGGGACUUGUUGGAUUCUGGCUGGAACCGUUUUGCUUUUAAUGACGAGCAUCUGCCGGACUGGUUUGCUGAAGAUGAGAAAAAGCACAUGAGAAAGGAAGCUCCUGUGCCAAAGGAACUUGUUGAUGACUAUAAGAAGAGAAUUCGAGAAUUGAAUGUAAGGCCAAUCAAAAAAGUAGUAGAAGCUAAAGCUAGAAAGAAGAAGAGGGCAAUUCGAAGAAUGGAGAAAGCAAAGAAGAAACUGGAAGGAAUAAUGGAUCGGCCAGAUAUCACAGAACAGGAAAAGAGACAGCAAAUAAAACAGCUAUACAAGAAAGCAAAAGCCCCACCCAAGAAGGAGGUGACCUAUGUUGUGUCCAAGAAGCACUUGGCUGCAAAGAAGGCGAGGCGUCCUGCAGGGGUCAAGGGACCUUAUAAAGUAGUAGACCCUAGGAUGAAGAAGGACAUCCGAGCACAAAAGAGGGUUCAGACGAAAAAAGCAGGAUCCAGCAAGAAGAAAGGAGCUCCUAGAAGGCCACAAAAGAAAACAAGAAAAUCUAAAAAAUAGGCUGUGUAAAAAAUGUUUAUAUUCUACUCAUUUUAAAUAAAGUUUAACACAAAACAAAUCCAUAA